UGGCAAGUUGACGUUUGACUGUGAUGUGUGUAUAUGUCGUGAUUUCUAAUCCUGGACGUAUAUAUCAGCCUUGAAUGCUGCCCUGGAACCCACCUCAUAUCCCAGAUACUCACGUCUACCCAUUGACAUAGCUAGCACUCCCUUCAGCGCCUCGCAACCGUACCACAGCAAAGCCAACACCACAAAACAUACCGGUCGCCAUACUAGAACCGCCUGUCGCGCUCUCAUAUCAACCAAGAUGACGACCACAGCGUCCCUCCCCACACCCGCCCACCAGCUAUCCCAAUCCUCACCCUCUCCCUCCACCAACCCAUCCGACGUCAACUUCCAGGGCCUCCCCGUCCCUCGCGGCCCCGUGACCGCCCCCCUCUCCUUCUUCGAAGCGCCAGCCGACGGCUCAAAACCCCACAACUACGUCGAGCCGCUCCCCAACACACCCCAGCGGAACUUCGGCGACGACUGGACCGACGUCACACUGCAAGACCUGCGCGGACAGGAGCAAAACUUCACACUCGACAAGAGCGCCUUCGACACGUACCAAAACGUCACGAGCGAGGAGCACGACUUCACGGAUGACGAGCGCAUAAAGCGCGUCUACUACCCCGAGGUGGAGAAGUUGAUAUUGGAUAGAGUGGAUGGGGCGAAGCGCGUCGUCUUGUUUGAUCACACAAUUCGUCGGCCAACGGGGAACCGCAAUCCAGUUACACGCGUGCACAUCGACCAGACUGCUGCGUCUGCCGCGGCGCGCGUACGCCACCACCUCCCCGCCGAAGCCGAAACACUCCUGCAGUCGCGAUACCGCAUACUCAACGUCUGGCGUCCGCUGAACGGACCCGUCAUGGCACUCCCUCUGGCUGUGGCAGACAGCGCGACGGUCUCUGACGCGGAUCUGAUUCCCAUCGAGCACAGGUAUCCGGAUAGGAAUGGAGAGACGGCGGCUGUGAGGUAUAACAAGGGGCAGGAUUGGUAUCAUUGGAGUGGUAUGACGAACGAUGAGAGGUUGCUGUUGUUGUGCUUUGAUAGCGAGAAGGGGGGGCGGGUGCCGCAUACUGCGUUUGUGGAUCCUAGGACGCCUGAGGGCGCGGUGGGGAGGGAGAGCAUCGAGGUGAGAGCGUUGGUGUUUGGUUAGAGUUAUCUGUCGGAUAUAUAAUGUCUCUUUUCUGGAGUAGUGUAUUGAAAUCGCGAUCUAUCCACCUUAUAUAUAAUUACGAGUGGUUCUUGCUUAAUCGC